AAGACUAUUAGCUAAUGCUAUCAACAUUGUGAAUUCCUAAGCUGGCACACUGACGCUCGAGUGUGAUCGCUCUGUCUGUGCAGUUUACGAUGCUGCAUGGCUGCAUCACUGGUGUUCAGACUGCAUGACAGAGGUCCAGAGGUGGUGAGGGAGGUGCUUCUGGAGCGAGGAUGGGAGGAAUACGACCAAGAAAAACGAGAGGACGAAGACUGGAACCUUUACUGGCGGGGCUCUGCAUUUCGCAAUUCCGAAUAUCACAACCUGUUGCCAUGGCAGCGGCUCAACCACCAUCCCAAAACUGUUGGCAUCACACGCAAGGACUGCUUGGCACGUAACCUGAGGAGAAUGAGAGCCACGUUUGGUUCAGCUCUCUACGACUUCAGUCCCACUGCCUUCAUCCUCCCCAACGACUACACCCGCUUCCUGUCCGAAUACCACAAACUGCGUCUGACCAGAGGGCCGUCGGCCUACUGGAUAUGUAAGCCGGUGGAUCUCUCCAGAGGCAGAGGGAUCUUCAUCUUUCAGGACAUUAAGGACUUGGUCUACGACUGUUCUGUGAUCGUACAGAGGUACGUCAGUAACCCUCUGCUGAUCUCCGGCUACAAGUUUGACCUGAGGAUCUACGCGUGUGUGAAGAGCUUUCAUCCACUGACUGUUUACGUUCACCAAGAAGGCCUGGUGCGUUUCGCCACCGAGAAGUACAACCUGUCAUCGCUGCAUAACCUGUACGCUCAUCUCACCAACACCAGCAUCAAUAAGUUUGGUCCCUUCUACAAAACCGAAAAGGAGAGAGUAGGCCAAGGAUGCAAGUGGACCAUGAGCAAAUUCAGGCAUUUUCUCCACAGCCAAGACAUCGACGAGCUUCUUCUGUGGCAGAGGAUCAACCGCAUCGUCACUCUGACCCUGCUCACCAUCGCUCCCUCCGUCCCCUCCUGUCCAAACUGUGUGGAGCUGUUUGGCUUCGACAUCCUGAUUGACGUCAAGUUCAAACCUUGGCUCCUGGAGGUUAACUACAGCCCUGCGUUGACCCUGGACUGCCAAGCAGAUAUUACAGUGAAGAAAGGGCUUAUCGGCGAUCUGAUUGAUUUGAUGAACUAUACGAUGAUUGACAGCUUGAGAGAGAAGGCCUAUCAUAGACGAGGGUACACGCAGCCUUGUUUCCGUGCCAACCACCCCUCACAUGUUUCAAUACCUGUGUUGUCGAAGUUUAAAGAAACCAAAUUUCAGAAGCGAAGGAAUGGUAGCCCGUCCCCACAGACACUCCCUUUGAUAAAAACGCUUGAAAAGAUGAACCAAAGGCAGUCCAGACAACAUGCGUUUGUAGCCGACUACCAAAGGCACCUUCCCCCUGUCGACUUAGACGAGACACAUGCAUCCAGGGGUAGAAUAGUUGACACCACAGCCAACAAAACCCACACAGACAGGAAGACCCUAAACCUGAUACUCAGCCCACAUUCAAGGACAAAAGUGUCAGUGGUAAACAGACAGACGUGUCCAGCUCUUGCACCGAGGCUGGCGGACAACAGGAGUCCUCGCCUGUCUGAGGUUACAGACCAUGACGCCACUGAAAUAGAAGCUGAGACGGAGCUCGCAAGAGAGACAGACGUUUCCUCUUCGAUACGGGAUAUCCCACACAGGGGGCUGGGAUUCAGACCAUCAAAGAUUCCGAACAUUUACAGUGGGAGUCACCGACCGGUAAAGAUGGAGAGAACAACAGCACUAAACAGAAAACACAUUCCUCCGCUCAGAGUUGGAGACUUUAUACGGACAUUCCCAUUUAAUACAGCCACUCUGAGGGCCUCGCAGCAUCAACUGGAUGUCAAGAUAGUCAUACAGGAGCUUCACAGGGUCACUGCUCAGUUGGCUACAUCAGGCAGCAAGUUGAGGAGAGAAGAGAAGGAGGUGAAGAAAGAUGGUGAAGAAGACUUUGAUUCAUUGUUGUGGGGGCCAAAGGAACCUCCAUUGCUCAGUCAAUUGUUCAAACCCACUUAGAGUGGCAUUUUUCUUUCUUUCUGGAUUUGUUGCUAAGCCCUGACUUGUUUUUCCUUAGAUUGUUUGUUUUUUUUCAAAAAAAAUGGAAAUGGAAAUCUUCUGUAUUCCAAAAUAUUUUCCCAGGACAAUUAACAAAAGGAUUGUGCAUCUUUUUUAUUUAAAUAGCAUCAAAUCUCAGUCAAAUUUGGCACAAAAUUAGCCUCUAUGUGAAUGAGCCUCACUGCAAAAACCAGCCAGAUGCAGUUACCGUGAAAACUUUGAGCGUCUUGGCUAGUGGUCAUAAUUAUAUUGAAUCAUUAUUGUGUAAUAUCGCUUGUUAAAGUUUUUUUUUUAAAUGAUUAGUAAAUAAUAAAUCAUGAAUUACUUAGCUGCUACAUGAGAGUAAAAUACAAAGUUAAAUCUAUACUGUGAGAACAUCUCUAAUCCACUAAAAGUAUUUCCUCACAGCAAUACACACACACACACACACCUCUCCGUCUUACAUUUACACAUAUAAACACACAUUAAUUUAAAAUGUCAGACGAUAACUUUUCCUUGGUGCGUACUCUGCCUGACGCGUACUUGGUUUCCUGUCGCCCGUCGGGGUAGAUAGUCUUAACUGUCCCAUCAGGAUACUCCCUCCUCUUGAACUGGGAAGUGUGGAUUUCUGUCUGACCGUUGGGGAAAUCAACCAUCUUCUCACCUAACCUGGAAGAGAUGAUGAUGAUCCAGAAAGCACAAAGAAGAAUUUACUUCUUUUAGGCUCCCAUUAGGCCCAGUACAACAUUUUCUUGAAUAACAUAACCACAACAUUUUAGCAAGUGCUUUUCAAUACUUCAGUAAAAUAACGUUAAAACAGUGAUAUUAAUUGAAGAUCUUGUUCAAUUUACUGAAGGGGGGUGGGGGGCAUGCAGGGAGAAACAUGAGACAAACUAUUACAUGGAUACAACGUGAGGUUAAAGGGUGAGGUUUAUAUCGAUUAUUUUUUUUUUUUUUCUUAAGACCUCAUAAGGAGAAGAUUCCUGAUCGGCCCAUCUGA